AUGGGCUCUCGGUCCUUUCUUGAUCGCUUUAAUUCCCGUCGCGAACCACCAAUCUUACCUCUUCACAAAUCUCCGAAACGGUCGCCUAGUGAACAUCAGCUUAGCACGCUAGAUCCUCGGCCCGACGACGCCUCGUCAGUAGAUGAGGAUCUGCCCAAGGCUUGGCUGGAUGAGUACGAUGAACCUUCAACGUCUCGUGGGCUAUCGCCAAACUCGUGGCGCGACACCGCUAGCACGACCAUGUCAGCGUCCAAGAUGAAGCCACAGCCCAUGUUUGCUGGUCCCCCGCCGCCGAUAACAGCGUCGAUGUUGAUAAUGAAGGACCCAAUCCGGGUAGACCCUGCUGCUGGCGGCCCAGUCCGCUACAGAAACACUCCAUACAGUCUCCUUGGAGGGAGUCCUACUGAAGCUAAUAGCCUACUCCUUGAGCAUAGGCGUAAAGCUGCUGCGCAAAACUCUGAUUCGAUCUGGCGAGGCUUCGCUAGGCAAGAGAAGGCCCUGGAAAGAGAGGUUCAGGUAUUGCUUGAUCAGCAGGCUAUUGCCUUGGCAGCCGGAUCUGGAAUCGAGAACGAUGCCUUUAGCACGGGCAGUAGUACGCCUACUGGCACAUUUUACUCGACCAAAAGUUACAAAUCAAGGGCGGCCCUCUCUCUAUACAUUCCCCCUAGGGUAACUCGAGAUGGAAAUGUGAUUCCAACCAGACAACCGGCAAACGACCAGCCUCCAGGAUUGAAGUCUACCAGACAAGAUCUCCGAAAGCUAAUAGCAUCUAUGACGAGUCUUAAAGAUGAUGAGAAUGCUCACAUAGAAGACGCCUUGAACCAACGAACAAACGCUCUCCGACAUCUAAGCCGGCUGAGUGCUAAAAAAUCCAAGUUAGAAGCAGAACUACAAAGUUUAGCGGAAAAUAGCGAUGAACCGCUAGCGAGGGAGCUCUGGGUGCUGGAUACGGAGCAUCAUGCUCUGGGGGAAGAGAUUCAGCUUCUCGAGGCGAAACUAGCACGUAUGCGAACCAGACACCGCCUUCUGAAAGAGAGGAUGGAUAAUAUCAGGAACAAACGAGAGGCAGGACUGAGUGGGUACUACGGCGCUUUAAAUGAAGUGACCUCUGAAGCGAGAGCAUUCAUACAGCAACCUCCGAUUCAGCCACUAGAUCCAGAUCUAUUGCGGUACGGGGGCGAGGCUGAAGGAGACCCGGCUGCCUCAGGGGGCGCAGAGUUCAUGCGACUCAUCCCCGAGAGACGAACGCUGGCGAUGGCAAGGUCAUGGUGGUUAGCAGAGGUCGAGGUAUUGAAACGCUGCAAAGCGCAUAUGGACCAAGACCGUCAAGCGUUGGAAGAAGGGGCCCAAGUCUGGGACAAAGUUACGCAGCUGGUCUCUAAAUUCGAAUCAGAUCUGCGACAAGCAAUGCAAACCGGUACUCCAUCUUCUUCAGUGAAAGGGAAAGAGAAAAUGCUUUCGCAGGAAGAAAUUAUUUCGGAUCAACUUUCUCGAAUGAAGGAAGUUAUUGCGCAGCUGGAGAUAUAUAUGCAACAGUCUGAAGAAAAGAACUGGAAUCUUUUGAUUUGUGUUAUUGGCGCAGAGCUAGAGGCUUUUAAAGACGGGUAUGAUGCCCUCGAGAGCAUGGCCAAUGCUCCCGAAGAGAAACCUCCCAAUGACGACGAAGACACAUCCACAGACGCAGAAAAAAAUGGCCAGUCUACACAGCAAGAUAACCACCCGGCUGACGAAGAAAGCGACAACGAAGUGCCCCCAGAUCUAUUUGGCGGCCCUCCCCCUGACCAUGACGAAGGCGACGAGCAUCAUUCCGCAGAGAGCAUUGAUGGAGGGACGCUGCGUAGGUACGACAGCGAGAAUGAAGUGCCACCUGAAUUUCUGGUAGAGCACGUUUAA